AUGGCCACCGCGCAGGAAGCGAACGAGCUGAAACAACAGGGCGCGAUCGAGGCAGCCCAGAAUCCCCAGUCGUCGGUAUCUGCCGAUGACGCCCAGAAGAAAAUUGUGGAGGAGAGCAAGAAAGUGGGCGUCGCGGCUUUCUCUUUCGAUCCCAAUGCCACCCUCGCCGAGAAGCGGGCCAAGGUGAAGGCUGCAACUACCCUACCUGAAGGUCUCCCCACUCGAAACAAAGGCGUCGCGAUCGCCACGGACAUAGAUGACGGUAGCAAGCCCGUGUACGACCUCCCCUCGCCCUCCCGAGCUGGGGUCUUGGACUCCCCCAAGGACAAGGACGGCCACUCGAUCGAGAACGGGCAUGCGCCUGGCGAUGGUGAUGGCGAGCCCGAAGAAGUCAUGGGCCCCAAGACGGGCUGGGCUCCCAGAAUUGGCUGGCCUAUGGAGUCGAUCCAGGAGGCCGAAAGCCUACUUGACCACUCAACCUGGCUUGAGGGCCAGCUUCCCGACAAGUUGUACGGAGACUGGUACCACAACUCCGGCAUUAUCAUCUUUGCUUGCAUCUUCUCCUGGCUGAUUGCCGUGCUUGGCGGCGGUCUGGGAUGGGUCUUCAUCCUGAUGGCCGUUUGCUCGACCUACUACCGGACCUCGAUCCGGCGCGUGAGGCGCAACUUCCGCGACGACAUCACGCGCGAGAUGUCUCUCAAGCGCCUCGACACCGAGACCGAGUCGUUGGAGUGGAUCAAUUCGUUCCUAGUCAAGUUUUGGCCCAUCUACCAGCCUGUGCUCGCCGCAACCGUCAUAAACGCCGUGGACCAAGUGCUGAGCGGUGCGACCCCCGCCUUCCUCGACAGCCUGAAGCUCAAGACCUUCACACUUGGGUCCAAGCCCCCGCGCAUGGAGCACGUCAAGACUUACCCCAAAGCCGAGGAUGACCUUGUCAUCAUGGAUUGGAGAUUCAGCUUCACGCCCAACGACGUUGCCGACUUGACCGCUCACCAAAUCAAGAACAAGCUCAACCCCAAGGUUGUGCUUGAGAUUCGUGUUGGAAAGGCCAUGAUCAGCAAGGGCCUUGACGUCAUCGUGGAAGACAUGUCCUUUUCUGGCAUCAUGAGACUCAAGAUCAAGCUACAGAUCCCGUUCCCACACGUGGAGAAGAUCGAAAUGUGCUUCCUCGAGCGGCCUACUAUCGACUACGUCUGCAAGCCUCUCGGUGGCGACACGUUCGGCUUCGACGUCAACUUCAUCCCUGGCCUCGAAAAGUUUAUUCUCGAGCAGGUGCAUGGUAAUCUGGCCCCCAUGAUGUACGCUCCAAACGUCUUCCCCAUCGAGGUCGCCAAGAUGCUGGCCGGUUCGCCCGUUGACCAGGCCAUCGGCGUCGUUGCUAUCACGCUCCACGGCGCGCAUGGCCUGAAGAACCCGGACAACUUCUCGGGCAACACGGACCCCUACGCCGUCGUGACCAUCAACCGGAGGCAGCCCCUGGCCCAGACGAAGGUCAUCAAGGACACUCCUAACCCACGCUGGAACGAGACCCACUACGUCAUCAUCACCUCGUUCAACGAUUCUCUCGACAUCCAGCUAUUCGACUACAAUGACUUCCGAAAGGACAAGGAACUCGGCGUGGCCUCGUUUUUGCUGGAGAACCUUGAGGAGAUCAACGAGCACGAAAACGAGCGGCUCGAGGUCAUCUCGGAUGGAAAAGCUCGCGGCGUGCUGUCGUGCGACCUCCGCUUUUUCCCCGUCCUGGAGCCAACCAAGACCUCGGAGGGCAAGGAAGAGCCGCCGCCGGAGACCAACACGGGUAUCCUGAGGUUUACUGUCGAGCAGGCCAAGGAUCUCGAUGGCACCAAGAGUUUGGUCGGCCUGCUGAACCCCUACGCGGUUCUCCUUCUGAAUGGCAAGGAGGUGCACACGACCAAGACGCUCAAACGCACCAACAACCCCAUCUGGGGCAACGGCUCCAAGGAGAUCCUCAUCACAGAUCGCAAACAGGCCAAGCUGGGCGUCGUUAUCAAGGACGACCGCGACCUCGCCGGAGACCAGGUCAUUGGCAACUACCAGAUCAAGCUGGAAGACAUGCUUGGGCUCAUGGAGAAGGGCAAGGAUUGGUAUCUUCUUGCAGGGGCAAAGACAGGCCGUGUCAAGAUGCAGGCCAAGUGGAAGCCCGUUUCCAUCUCUGGCGUUAUGAGCACUGGUGGCUACCAAGUCCCCAUUGGCGUCUUGCGCUUCCACUUCCUCAAGGCCACCGACCUGCGCAAUUUCGAAACCGUGGGCAAGUCCGAUCCGUACACGCGCGUUAUUGUGUCGGGUAUUGAGCGUGCGCGCACUGUCACCUUCAAGAACGAUCUCAACCCCGAGUGGGACGAGGUUCUCUACGUCCCUGUGCACUCGCCUCGUGAGAAGAUCCAAUUCGAAGUUAUGGACGCCGAGAAGAUGGGCAAGGACCGCACCCUUGGUCUGACCGAGGUCUAUGCGGGAGAGUUCAUCAAACAGGACGAGGAGACGGGCGAGUAUCUCGUGCACGAAAAGAGGGAACUCCACCAGGGGAGCCUCAAACUCCACGGCAAAGGUAUUGGCAAAGGUGUGCUGCACCAUACCAUCUCCUUCUACCCUACUCUGAACGUCGCCGAUCCCGACGAUGAGGACGAGGGGAAUGAUGAGCAGAAAUCUGUGAGAGAGUCGCUGGAUGUGCCGAGGCCAGCCGAAGGUGGCAAGUUCUCGGCUUCCCUCGAAAGGCACGAUGACCAAAAGUCCGAGACUGCUCUCGAGCCAACGACGCCCAGGACGCCCAUCACCCCGGGGAUGCCGAGAAGGUCGCGUGAGGAGCGCGGCCCACCCAAGAUCAGACUCACGCCCCAGGAGCUUCUGAAAUACGAGUCGGGCUUGAUAAUAUUCAAGCUGAUCGAGGCUGAUUUCCCCAAGAGCGAGUGCAGCGUCACUGUGUACGUUGACGACAUGGCGUAUCCUUCAUACGUCUCGUCCGUGACCAGGAGCAAGCAGCACAAGUUCGACGAGAUGGGCGACUGCUUCAUUCGCGAGCUCGACUUCUCCAGGCUCACCAUCAAAGUCCAGCAGAAGGGUAGUGAUCAGGGCAAGGGCGACAGGCACAAGGAGGACUUCGUCGGUCGUCUUAAGGGCAACACCCUCGAUACCCUGAAGCAGUGUCUGAACAACCCAACAACGCUCAAGAUGAGGGACGACGAUGGCAGAGUCAGCUCGGUCAAGGUCAGCCUCAAGUACGUGCCAGUCAAGAUGCGACUCGACCCAAGCGAGAGUAUCAACAACAUGGGCACGCUGCGUGUGGACGUUCUCGAUGCUGCGAACCUGCCCUCAGCCGACUCCAACGGCAAGAGCGAUCCGUACUGCAAGUUCGAGCUCAACGGCCAGGACGUGUUCAAGACCAAGACUCAGAAGAAGACGCUUAAUCCGUCCUGGAACGAGUUUUUCGAGGUGCCGGUGCCGUCGCGCACGGCAGCCCAGUUCAAGGCCACUGUUUGGGAUUGGGACUUUGCUGACAAGCCUGAUUGGCUCGGCUCGGCCAUGAUAAACCUGGAGCAGCUUGAUCCGUUUGAGGCCCAGGAGUUGAAUCUGGCCCUGGACGGCAAGUCGGGAACGCUGAGGCUUAGGCUUCUUUUCAGACCUGACUACGUCACAAGGACCAGGCUGGGCACCUCGACAUUCUCGGGCACAUUUGCAGCGCCUGGCCGUAUCGUUACUGGCGUGGCUGGCGUGCCUCUCAAGGGAGGCGCCGCUGUGGCUGGCGUGGUUGGCCAUGGCGUUGGCAAGGGCGCGUCCUUCAUCAAGGGCCGGUUCCGAAGCAAGAAAGAUGAUAGUGACAGCAGCGGUACUCCAACCAUGAACUCUGUGGCCGAGGUGCCAGCCAUCACUAUGAAUGGUGGCGGGCCGUCGACCCCGUUCGGCGGCAUGGGCCUGAAGAGGUCUACGGGACUGACGCUGGAUAUGGACCCGUCUGGGCCACCGCCAGGACCGGCGGUGAACGGCAACUCCAACGGGAAAGCGAACGGCGGGCACCACAAUAGGACUAUGAGCACAGGCGCCACGUCGGUCUACAGCAUCGCGCCGGGCGCGCCGGGAUCGGGACUGGCGACGUUCACCAUCGUCUCAGCGGCAGGAUUCCCGCCCUCGGCAGACACGUACGUGGUCUUGAACCAGCUGACGCCCAAGAACAAGACGGUCGGAAAGACCAAGCACCGCAAGCCUUCGUCUGGCUCGGUGCAUUAUGACGAGACGUUCAAAGUUACGUGCACGCCCGACACGCAAUUCCAGAUCCAGGUCAAAGAGAACCACACCUUCAGCAGCGAUGACGACUUGGGCGAGACGCUCUACUUUGUGGACGAGAGCGGGUCUGGGGCCGACAAGGAGCUCAAGGUGGGCAGCGGGACGGUGACGCUGCGCAGCUCCUUUACCCCUGCGGCUGCUUCGGCGGCGGAACGGCCCAAGACGGCCGAUCCCAGUAGCUUGCCGGCUUCGUCGGAUGGUGGCGCAAUCUCAUCGCUCCGCCGAAGUUUUCUCGGCAAGAAGAGCGAUACCAGGAACUCCAGGGAGGGGACGCCGUGA